AGAGGAGGGCGAGGGUUAGGUGGCAUCAAAAUUGUGUGGAGGUGCCACGCUCGGGCCGCACAAUGGCGGCGUCUCAAUCACAUCUCGACUUCUGGCCAGCCUUGGACGAGUUUCUCUUCAACAUAACUUGCAAGAUCAGAGUGAUUCAGGAUACGGCAAUGCCGGGAUGCAGAGACAUAGACCUCCUUCUGGAUUCUUAGACACCGUCGAGUUUUGGUGGGUUCGUGAAGGUGGGUUCGGGCAUGGGAGCCAUCAACCAGCAGUACUCGAUCCUGGCAACUCUCACGAUUCAUCACCGCAUUAUCAACUCAAGGCUACCUUCGACCAUGAAAGUAUCACAUUUUCCUUCUCCCCCUUCGCAAUCUCGAUCUCACCGCAUCUCCCUGGCCAACGCCGUUCGAUUCGAGUGGAGAAUCCAGUGUUCUCGCCAGAGCACAUCCCCCCACGCCACAUACUCUUCACGUGUCCAGGCUUGUACCACGGCCUUGCAUGCGCUUCUUUCUUCACGUAGCCACUCACAUCACAUGCUGCCUUGGUCGUGUCAUCUGACUCUCGCCACAUGUGUAGAAUGCAGAAGCAGUGGCUGUGCGCGGCUUAGCCGUUGGGUGAUUGUCGCAGCCUCGUGUAACUGCGGCAGGUCCUUCUUGCUCGAGCACUCCCCUCUCGAAGACUCUCGAGGAUAUGACCUCUCACAUCAUCACACACACCCCAUCAACACUCCACAACCUUCGUGGACAACGACAUUGAUUUAGGCUGAAAUCUGGUUGCAACAUCCCACGCCUUCCCCGUCCGCUUCCCCACAU